GUCCUCUGUGUCUCUGAAGGAAACUGCUGUUGAUUCUUUCAGAAACACAGCAGUUGGACUGAGGUCACUCAUUUAAUUCAAUCAACUUUCUGAUUAGAAGUUGAAGACGACGACCACCAUGUUGUUGGCACAAGCUGGAUGUGUUUUCAUGGGCUUCAUCCUGUACAUUUCAGGGGUUCAGGGACAAACAAGCAGCAUCUGUGCAUUAAAAGGUUCAUCAGUGGAUCUGACCUGCUCACCUCAACAUCCCACUUCACCCAUGAAAUGGUACACUGUACACUGGAAUGGAUCUGCAUAUGUUCAGAAUGAACUCACUGCAGAUGGAAAUCGUGUAACGUACAACAUGUCUGAAGAGAAUCACCCAACUCUAACAAUCAAAGAUGUUAGAGAAAGUGAUCAAAACAGUUAUUGCUUCAGAGAGGAAACCCAGCCAACCCGCUGCUGGUACGAUGAGAUUCAGCUUCGUGUUGCAGAGCUGCAGGUGAAGGUGAUUCCCACCACAGAGGGACACACAGUAACACUGAUGUGUAGCACCAGCUGUCCUCUGACUGGAAACCCUGCAGCCUACAUGUGGUACAAGAACAGAGAGUUUCUCUAUCAGGACUGGUCUCCCUGGUACCAACAGCUGGUCAGCAGUGAGGAAGCAGUCAGAUACUCCUGUGCUAUCAAAGGCUACGAGGAUCUCAGAGCCCCUGAAGUCUCAGUGGAUUCUGUCACAUCAAGCUGCUUUAAGGUGACCUAUGCUGGAGGCACAAUGUGUUCUUCUCAGCAGACAUCAGUGGAUGAGCCCUGCUCCAUCACAUAUCCAACAGACAUACAUGUUCAGAGGAGUCCUGCAGCCAUAUCAGACCACGUCAGACUGACUUGUAACACCAGCUGUCCUCUCACUGCCUUCAUAUGGUAUAAGAACAGACUCUUACAAAGACUCUCUGAGAAAUCCCAAAUUUUGGUUCCCAACUCCUCUGCUGACAGCUUCUCCUGUGCUGUAAAAGGCCACGAAGAUCUGCUCUCCACUGCAGUCUGUGUUGUGGACAACAACUGCUGGACUGUGAAUUAUGUGAGCAGGAGAAUCUGCGCUCUGAGAGGCUCUUCAGUCAACAUUUCAAGUGAAUAUUCUCAUCCCAACUACCUGCAACCCAAGUCUAAAUCCUGGUAUAAAAUAAAGAGAAGUGCGACAGAAGGAGAUGAAGAGCAGAUGAAGGCUGCAGGUCGAGUCAGUUACCACGACAACAUGAAGAACCUCCACAUCCUGACAAUCACUAACCUGACUGAGAAUGACUCAGCAGAAUACACAUUCAGCCUCCAGAAAGAUGAGAGCGGAUGGACACAGUGUGAUUUUCCAGUGACUUUGGUUGUCACAGGUGUGAAAGUGGACUUCAGUCCUUCUGCAGUGGUGACAGAAGGUCAGAGAGUCACACUGACCUGCAGUACCAGCUGUCCUCUGACUGACGACACAAACUACAUCUGGUACCUGAACAGUCGACCUCUGACCCUGCCACAGGACCAAAGCAAACACCUGCUUCUAGACCCAGUCAGCAGGCAGCAUGCAGGAAACUACUCCUGUGCUGUCAAAACCCUCCAGAUCAUCAGCUCUCAUGAAAACACUCUCACUGUCCAAAGUGUAGCAGGAAACUGGACGACAGCAGCAGCAGCAGCAGCUGCAGGAGUCGGUGCUGCUCUCCUGGUUUUAACAACCUCUGCUGUUUUCUGGUGGAUUAGAAAAAAGAGAAAGUCCAGCCAAUCUUCAAGAACUGAAACCUCAGCCAACCUGCAGCAGUUAAACUCUGGCCCUGUGUAUGAUGAAAUCUCAGCUCGACCAACAGAGCAGGAUGAGCUUCACUACAGCAAAAUCCACUUUCCUCAGAAGCACACAGAUGGUUUCUACAGCACAGGCCAGCCACAUCAGUCCCAAGAAGACGAGCAUGUCUCCUAUGCUGUUGUCAGCUUUUGACCCAACACGGUCCCUGAGUGCUCCAGUCGGUGAGCUUAUCUGCACCAUCUUACCGUGAAUGAGCAGACAGCACGUCGUGGACACUUCAGGAUCACAGUUGUUUCCUGUCUGAGGAAGUGAAAACAGGACCUUUUAUUUACUCUGACGAAUCCAUGGUCCAGACUGUUAAACCACAAGACUUUCUGUGCAUAUUUUCAUGGUGUCAAAAUGCAAGAACUGAAACAACAUACUUUACUUUUUUCAACAUAUGCCGCUUCUGUGAAACUUAACAAAGAUUAAAUUCAUCAAAGUUGCAAUGAAAACGUACCUCAAAACUAUUCGUUAGCCUGCAGAAUACAAACCUGCAUAAUAAAAGACUCAUACAAACCGU